CAUGUAUUACGUUUUCGAUAUGAUGCUAUUAUACAUCUUUAAAUUGUCAAUUUUUAGGCACAUCACCAUGGUCAAAUUAUGUGUGAUCUGUGGAAACGUCGAUGGUGUCGAUGGAGUUUCUGUGCACAGGUUUCCAGUGAAUGUCGAACAAAGGCGUCAGUGGGUGUUGUUUGCUGACAACGGUGGUAUAAAUGCUCGACAGAUUUUAGCUAGCUCAAUGAUGUGCUCGAGACAUUUUGUACUAGGUCGUGAUUACUUAGGAGGAGCAUUUCCUCGCCGCCUGUUACCUGGAGCGGUGCCGUCUUUGGUAGUUCGACCGGUCAUUGAGAUUGUGGCACCGGGCGGCGAAGAAGGAGCGGACGUGGCAAUGGCUGAUGACAACGGGAUGGAAAUGGAAGUUGUUGAAGUCCAAAUGGACGACGACAAUGUUGAAGUCGUUGAAGUCCAGAUGGAUGAGGUAAUGAUGGACAUAGAUGAAGAACCAUUGCUACAGGAGGAAGUGGUACAAGGUGACAUUGAGUUUGUCGAUGUACUGCCUGCUGACGCAGAGGCAGUAUUUGAAUUCAGGGAUAUAUUCGACGUUUUACUACCAGACAUCGAUGAGGAGUUCAUGCCGAUUCCCCCGAGAAUGCCCAUCAGAGACCGUCCGGCUGGCAUUCAUCACGAACUUCCAGAGUGUCAUAACAUAGGGCAAUUGGAUGCAAUCUGCACGCAUUGUGGUGCACGUCACUUCUCAUGCGAGCGUACACUCAGGAAUCAUCAUUUUACAACAUGUUGUAAUAAUGGUCAAAUGGCCGUUACAGGAGAACGCGUGUUGGGUCAACCACCUGACUUAUUAAUUCGUUUGUUAGUUGAUGAUUCGCAGGUAGCUAAACAUUUUAGGAAAGAAAUCCGCCGGUACAACAACACUCUGGCAUUUGCUGCGUUCUCCACUGACCUUAACCCAGGACGUUUGCCAGGUCGUGGACCGAGAGUGUUCACCGUUCACGGGCAGGUGUACCGCAGGAUUAGCAAUGACGUUGUCAGAAAUGAGCUGAUGCAACCGAGAUACUGUGAGUUGUAUUUCAUUGAAUCCGGGGCAGCCAACCAGAUCCGCAUGGCACAACAGCCACGCCAACGACCACUAAUGGAAGACUUGCUUGCAGACUUAGAUAAUCUGUUACGGCAAAACAAUCCAUUCGCAGUGGCUUUCGAAAACAUGCGAAAAGUAUGGCAGAGGGAACAAGAUGCUGCUGCUGCCAAUCCCAUGUUGCAACCGAGGAGGGUGACCAUGCACAUCAUCGCCGACCCAAACAACGACCCUCGGCGAUACAAUCAACCAGCUGCUCAUGUGAAUGAGGUAGCAGUUGUCUUUGUUGGUGAAGAUGGUCUGCCACCAAGGAACCUCGAUCUGGUCAUAUACGAUUCAAACCCAGUUGAUCCAAAUCACCGGAUGCAAAGCAUUUCAGCAGGCUCAUCUCACGCAGAUCCAAUGCUAUAUCCCCUUUUUUUCCCGUACGGGGAAACCGGUUGGCAUUACAACCUGCUACAAGAAGGCAACCGCCGGAACGCGGUUCGCGUUAGGAACACUAUCAGGGAGUUUGUGUGUUACCGUCUGGCCAUUAGAUACACUGGAACCAAUAGCAAUGGGAAUGAAGGCCAUGCAUUUAGUUUAAUACAUGCAGGUGGUUUUUUAUUACAGCAGUACAUGUGUGAUCAGUACAUUCGCAUGGAAGCGAACAAUCUGCGCUACACUCGAGACAAUCAGAGAGCGCUCUUUGCUGAUGCUUAUCGGGGCCUGGUGGACCACAUAAACCAACAGCUCCACGUCGACGAAAUCGGCCCUGUUGGACGCAGGACCAUUCUACCAUCAACCUUUGUAGGUGGCCCUCGGUACAUGAAACAAUGUUACCAAGACGCAAUGGCCAUUGUGCGUAAGUAUGGAAAGCCAGACCUAUUCAUAACGUUUACGUGUAACCCUAGGUGGCCAGAGAUAGUAGACAACAUUCCAAGUUGGUUGAAGGCAAACGACAGACCCGAUUUGGUGGCGAGGGUUUUCCAUGCAAAACUGAAGGAGCUGAUGCGUGACAUAACGACCAAUAGGGUGUUUGGUAAUAUAGAUGCUUAUGUGUACACAAUUGAGUUUCAGAAACGUGGUCUUCCACAUGCACACAUACUCAUAAUUUUGCACGAGGACAGCAAGUUGCUUACAGCCGACGAUGUUGACAAUGUUGUGUGUGCCUACUUGCCUGACCCUGCAACUGAAAGGCGCCUAUUUGAUAGUGUGAAGUCACACAUGAUUCACGGACCGUGUGGACAACUCAACGGCAACAGUCCGUGUAUGAUUGACAACAGUUGUUCAAAGAAGUAUCCCAAAGAAUACAGCGAAGAGACUGUGUACGUUUCAGAUAGUGGUUAUCCAACUUAUCGCAGACCGAACAACGGACUUGUGGUAAACGUCAGAGGUCACCCUGUCGGCAAUGAGUUUGUUGUCCCCCACAACCCAUACUUGCUGGUCAAGUAUGACGCACACAUAAACGUUGAGGUGUGCUCUACUAUAAAGAGUGUGAUGUAUUUAUAUAAAUAUGUCUACAAAGGCCAUGACGCUGCUACCUUGGAAGUCUGGAAUGGAGAUGAAAUAGAAAAGUAUAUGAAUUAA